AUCGCACAGCGCUCGCCGCUGAGAAGCUUCACUCGGCCCCCUGGGAAACUAAGCGCCUCACUCACGGCGCAGGCUGCUGCUGAACGAGUUCCACUUUAUUUAGAUCCUCCAAACCAGUCUGAGCCGUGGCAGUCAGAGGAGGAGGGCUCCUGGCUGAGGGAGUACCCGGUCACCCUCAUGCAGUUCUUUCGGUAUCUCUACCACAACGUGCCUGACCUGGCGCCCAUGUGGCACAGCGCUGAGUUCCUCUGCGCCCUGGCGGCGACCGUCUUCCCUUUCAACAUCAGGCCGUACUCUGAGAUGGUGAGCGAUUUGGACGACGAGGCGGGGUCUCCUACCGAGGAGUUCAAAGCCUUCGGCGGGGACUCGGGUAUGAACCGCAGCCAGUCUGAAUAUUGCAACGUGGGCUCCAAGACGUCGCUGACGAACCACCCGGCCAAAAAGUACGUCUUUGACUUCAUGAGGGUGCUGAUCAUGGACAACCUCUGCAUGACCCCGGCCAGCAAGCAGACGCCCAUCAUUGACCUGCUGCUGGAGGCCUCCCCGGAGCGCUCCACGAGGACUCAGCAGAAAGAGUUUCAGUCCAACAUCCUGGACGGCGUCAUGGAGCAUCUUCUGGCUGCUGACGUCCUUCUAGGUGAAGACGCCUCUCUGCCCCUCAGCAGCGGAGGAAGUUAUCAGAUUUUGGUCAACAACGUCUUCUACUUCACCCAGCGGGUGGUGGACAAGCUGUGGCAGGGCAUGUUCAACAAGGACUCCAAGCUGGUGGUGGACUUUAUCGUGCAGCUCAUCGGACAG